AUGGGUCUGAAGAGCAGACAUUCAGGGGGUAAAUCUGGUGAUGAACAAGAGGAUAAGAAAGCUGGUUUGGCUGGGGAUUUAGAGCAAUCCUCCCUGGGAGCAGGGGUGGAUAAGGAUGGGACCUUACUGCUGGUAGGAGCUGGGAAAGAGGAUAUCAAACGCAACCCACAAGGGAUAGGGCUAUUGGCUAAAACCCCCCUGAGCUGUAGCAGACCUGUCAAGAGGAACAACGCCAAGUACAGGAGGGCACAAACUUUGAUUUAUGAUGCCUUGGAGCGGCCAAGAGGAUGGGCAUUGCUGUACCAUGCUUUUGUGUUCCUGAUAGUCCUCGGGUGUCUGAUAUUAGCAAUUCUUACAACCUUCAAAGAAUAUGAAGAUGUUUCAGGAGAGUGGCUGUUGGGUUUAGAAACUUUUGCCCUUGUAAUUUUUGGAGCAGAAUUUGGCUUAAGAAUCUGGGCUGCUGGCUGCUGCUGUCGCUAUAAGGGAUGGAGGGGACGAUUAAAGUUUGCAAGGAAGCCGUUGUGUAUGCUGGAUAUAUUUGUUCUGAUUGCUUCUAUACCAGUAGUGGCUGUUGGAAAAAGUCAGGGAAAUGUCUUGGCAACAUCACUCCGGAGUUUACGUUUCCUUCAGAUACUACGAAUGCUUCGUAUGGACAGGAGAGGGGGCACAUGGAAGCUUUUGGGAUCUGCCAUUUGUGCGCAUAGCAAGGAGCUGAUUACUGCCUGGUAUAUUGGUUUCCUUACCCUCAUUUUAUCAUCAUUUCUUGUCUACUUGGUUGAGAAAGAUGUCCCCCCUGAAGAAAAUGAGCAUGGUGAGGUGAAGGCAGAAGAAUUUGAAACUUAUGCCGAUGCUCUUUGGUGGGGACUGAUCACUCUUGCAACCAUAGGAUAUGGAGAUAAAACCCCAAAAACCUGGGAGGGGCGACUCAUAGCUGCAACUUUUUCAUUGAUCGGAGUUUCAUUUUUUGCACUUCCUGCUGGUAUUUUAGGUUCAGGUCUGGCCCUUAAGGUUCAAGAACAACAUCGGCAGAAACAUUUUGAGAAAAGAAGGAAACCUGCAGCGGAACUCAUUCAGUCUGCCUGGAGAUUCUAUGCCACUAACUUAACCAGGCUUGAUCUGACAGCAACAUGGAGGUUUUAUGAAACUACUGUGCAGUUUCCAUAUUUUAGAAAAGAGCAAAUGGAUGGAACAACGAGUAAUGUCAUGUUAAGUAGGGAAUCAUUCUUUGGAUCAAGCAUCUCAAGAAAACUUAGUCAAAAGUGGAGUCUAUUGGAUCGGGUCCGACUUUCAAAUCCACGAGGGACAAGUCCAAAAGCAAAGACAUUUUCCCCAUUGCACAUUGAUAGUGUUGAAGAUAGUCCUUCCAAAGACCCAAAAAAUAUUGGACUCAGCAAUAAGGAGCGUUUUCGUACGGCGCUGAGAAUGAAAGCAUAUGCUUUUUGGCAGAGUUCUGAAGAUGCUGGUUCAGCUGGUGAUCCUAUGGCAGAUGCUGGUUACAGUAAUGAAUUUCUUGUAGAAGAUUUGAUCCCAACAAUAAAGGCAGCUAUCCAUGCUUCUAGAAUACUCCAAUUUCUUUUGCAUAAGAAAAAGUUUAAGGAGACCCUUAGACCUUAUGAUGUGAAAGAUGUCAUAGAGCAAUAUUCAGCUGGUCAUUUGGAUAUGCUUUCAAGAAUUAAAUACCUGCAGUCCAGGGUCGAUAUGAUUUUUGCGCCUGGACCCCUUUCUACACCUAAACAUAAGAAAUCUCAGAAAGGAAUUAGUGGUGGUGCAGGAGGGUAUAGCUAUACGUCUCAGCAGUCUCCAAGACAUGACCCUUAUGUAGCCAAAGGUGCAGAUAUUGAAGACCAAAGCAUGAUGGGGAAGUUUGUGAAAGUAGAAAGACAGGUACACGGUAUGGAAAAGAAAUUGGAUUUUCUUGUUGAUAUGCAUAUGCAAUACAUGGAUCAACUACAGGUCCAUGUUACGGAGUAUUAUCCGCUCAGAGAAACUAUAACCGAAGAGGAAGGUGGUGACAGCAGAUAUUCUGAAGUGGAAAGAGUAAUUUAUAACUACACAGAGUCUUGCUCCCAUGCAAGUCCUUUUAACUUGCAACAAGUUUCAUUGAACAAAAUAAAUCAAUAUAGUUUCUUUGACAAUUACCCAGUGAACUUUACUGCACCAAUGCCUUUUAAUGGUGAUGAGGACUGUACAAGGAUGUCACUGCCGACACCAGCUGCGUACACAGAAAGGCCAACUGUGUUACCUAUUCACACAUUAAUAGACACUCGGGUAAACUAUCAGGAUGAGGGAAAGCUUUCAAGUCCACACUCAGAGAAAGUUUCUCCAAUGCAUAGAAGAAGUUUUACAAGAGACAGUGAUACACCCUUAUCUCUUCUAUCUGUUAACCAUGAUGAACUCCAACGAUCGCUUAGUGGUUUCAGUAUCUCUCAAGAGAAAGAUGAUUUUAGUUUUGGACAAAAUGGGUCAAGCUGGAUGAGAGAAAAACGAUAUUUAGCAGAAGGUGAAACCGAUACAGAUACAGACCCUUUUACUCCUAGUGGUCCAAUGACUUUAUCUUCAACGGGCGAUGGAAUUUCUGAUUGCAUAUGGACACCUUCUAAACCUGUUUAAAAUGAUGACACUGGAAUAUCUUUUUAUUACAAUGUACUUAUUCUUUGUAUGUGUCACAAAACACUUUCCAAAGUUCAAAAGUACAAACACCAUUGGCUACAUACAAUGCAUGUUUAAAAUUUAUAGUCACUGCAUCAUCUCACACAAAUUGAACUUUUUUAUUUAUUUUUUUACUCAUUCCACGUAUUAAUCAGCUUUGCA